CUCCCCGCCGGGCGGCAGCCGAGGGCCGCCUCGUUCCCUUCAGGGUGGGCGUUGGGGCCGCGGCCGCUGCCUCCCUCCCGCCGGGGCUGGUCGAGGGUCGGUGGGCAGGGCCCAGGGGUGCCGGCGGAUGAGCGUGGUCCGGCGGAGGCUGCGGAUGACCCGGGCGAAGGAGCUGGUGGCGUACUGCCUGCUCCUGGGGCUGUCCUUCCCCCUCCUGCUGCUACUGCCGCUCCUCUGAGAUGCACCGGGCGACGGCUUGUCCCCGCCGCGAGGGGACGGGCGGGAGGAGCCCGCGGGAGCCCCGCUGUGCCGGCCGGCGUGCGGCCGGCGACAGCAGCCCGAGGGACUGACGCCCCGGCGAGGGACGAUGAGGAGCUCGGGCGGGCUUUGCAGCGGUGCCACCCAGCCUGCGCGGGUCACACCUCUCCCCGCGGGGAGGGCCGGCCGCGGCCCCGGCUGCUCUCUGUCCGUGCGGGUGUGAUGCCGUCGCCGCGCUCGCCGCCCCCCCCCCCCCGCCCCGGCUGACGGGGACGCCUGGCAGAGCCGCGGCGUCGUAGCUCCCCUUUCGCCUUCCCAAGUUGAGCUUCAGCGGCUCGGGACCGGCGGCGCCUCCGCCCCUGAGGCGGCCUAGAUGGGCCGGCGGCCGCGGGCACUGCUACCGUAGCCCCCUCAGCCCGGGGUCGGCGGCCCGCGCCUCGCCACCCUCCCUUGCCGCGGGGCCACCGCGGGCCCCCCGCCUCCGCGCCCGCCAGACGGCGGCUGUAGCCGGGGGCAGCUGCCGGCCGCGGCGCUCGCGUUGCUGCAAAUCCGCCGCUCUGCGGGGCGGAGUGUGUCCCCGCCGGCUUGCCGUGUGGGGAGGCGGGCCGGGGGCCGGCUGAGAUGGGAGAGAGCAUGUCCAAGAGGCUGAAGCUGCAGCUGGGCGGCGAGGCGGAGAUGGAGGAGCGGGCUUUCCCCAACCCCUACCCCGACUACCAGCCCCACGGAGCCGGAGCCGCGGCCGCCGCCAGUGCGGCGGACGCCCAUCGGGACAAGGCGCUGCUCCCGCCGGAGGAGGAGGAGUCCCUCCCCUUCGGCGCCGAUGGGAAGGUCAGUGUUCGGUUCUCAAAACGGAUCCAGACAAAAAUCAAGGACCUUCUGCAACAAAUGGAGGAAGGGCUGAAGACAGCAGAUCCACAUGAUUGCUCUGCCUAUACUGGCUGGACUGGCAUUGCCCUCUUAUAUCUGCAACUGUACCGUGUCACGAAAAACCAGAGCCAUUUGCAGCGAUCUCUUGAUUAUGUGAAAAGAAUCCUUCGCAAUCUGAAUGGCAGAAGAGUUACUUUCCUCUGUGGUGAUGCUGGGCCACUGGCAGUGGGUGCAGUGGUUUAUCACAAGCUGAAAAAUGACAGUGAAUCUAAAGAAUGUGUUGCCAAGUUGUUGCAGCUCCAAAGGACAGUCAUAAGCACAGAUGCCGAACUUCCAGAUGAGCUGCUUUAUGGCAGAGCAGGUUACCUAUAUGCCUUGCUGUACCUGAAUACCGAAAUCGGUCCGGACACUGUCCCACAGUCUGUUAUCAAAGAAGUAAUAGAUGCUAUUAUUGAAUCGGGGAAAAACUUUUCAAAGGAGGAGCGGAAAACAGACCGUUGUCCCCUGUUGUACCAGUGGCACAGGAAGCAGUAUGUUGGAGCAGCCCAUGGAGUGGCUGGCAUCUAUUACAUGCUCAUGCAGCCUAUUGCAAAUGUGGACCAGGAGACCCUGACAGAGUUGGUGAAGCCAAGCAUUGACUAUGUGCGUCAUAAAAAAUUCAGAUCUGGGAAUUACCCAUCGUCACUGAGCAAUGAGACUGACAGACUAGUUCACUGGUGCCAUGGUGCCCCUGGAGUCAUCCACAUGCUCAUGCAAGCUUAUAAGACCUUUAAAGAGGAUAAAUACUUGAAAGAUGCUAUGGAGUGUAGUGAUGUCAUCUGGCAGAGAGGCUUACUGAGAAAAGGAUAUGGGAUCUGCCAUGGUACUGCUGGCAAUGGCUAUUCCUUCUUGUCUCUCUAUAACCUAACUCAGGACAAAAAGUACCUCUACCGAGCUUGCAAGUUUGCUGAAUGGUGUUUGGAGUAUGGUGCACAUGGAUGUCGUAUUCCUGACCGACCUUAUUCUCUCUUUGAAGGCAUGGCUGGAGCUAUUCACUUCCUCUCAGAUAUUUCAGUACCGGAGACUUCCCAGUUUCCAGCAUUUGAACUUGGACCUCAGAGGAGGGAGAACAAAGUGGAACAGGACAGCUAAAAGAUAAUUUUGAAAGGAAAUUGAUGCCAAAAGAGAUGAGACUGUUUAGUGCCUCUGAUACUGAACCAACUCGACUCUGAACUGAUGGAUGGAUAAACCCCUUUUCUCAACCCCCGCCUCAAAGGACUAUGAAGUCAUUAGAGCAUGAAUGGGAGAAGCCACAUUUAAGUUCUGUUGAAGUGACACCUUCAGAUACAGGACAAGAGAAGUCAAGUUUUGAACUUUCUCUCUUUUGUUGUAUUUGUCUUCUUCAGGUCUUUGACAUGCUCUGCAUGUUUAUUGGUGUUGUCUGUUGAUUUGAGUCUUGUUAGCAAAAAGCUGGUCUCUGUGUGAAUCUCUGUCCUGUACCUUCGUGCAUGACUCACAACACCAGUGUCGCUUUCUGCAGUGUGGUUACCCAGAGAGUUCCACCUUAUGCCAGAGAGUUCACUGCAGGACAUUGCCCAGCUUCACUGGUGAGCUGGCAACUUCAAAAAAAAAAAGAUGAAAAAUUAUUUUUCUGCAGAAGCUAAGGUGAUAGAGAUCAGCCUUUUUUGAUGAAGAGGUAUGAUGCCAUCUCAGUUGUCAGAAACUUAGCAGGUUGGAAGGCACCUGACUUGUAUUUUGCUGCUGUUGUGAGAGGAUUUUUUGAAAGCCUGAAAGAGAGGCUUCCUUUGGUCCUUGCACCUGGUUAGCGUGUUAGGCACUUCCAGCAGGGUGGAGAUGCUUGUCCCCACUUCUGCAAAGCCCCAUCCCGUGGCAUGAGCUUAACAAACCAAAGGUGGUGUCACCCAUAAUAACCUCCUGCUGCUGCCAAGAGCAGAGCAGGGACGGCAUAACUCUGCUUCUCCUCUCCUGUACGUGGAUUUGUAAUAAACCUGUCCUGCAGCAUCUAGUAUACAAAUGAAAAGGGAGGGCGUCAGGGCAGUUUCUCAUGCUGGUAACUCAGGAUGAGUGUUGCUUCCAUACCAAGGCGGUGAUUUGUUCUGGGCCCUUAGCUCCCUCUCCUACUCUGUUGCAUUUAGCCUAUAUAGUGUGAUAGGAACAAUAAAUACCAGCUGCUUGUGGAGGCUGCAGAAGAUUAAUGAGAAAUAUGAAACCUUUGCUAGAGGCUGUAGUUAAAGUUGAUUUCAUCUUAAAAUCCAAACAGAAAUAGCCCUUUGCACUUAGUUUUAACUGUGUUGCUAGUGCUUUGCUUCCCCUUCUAGUGUGGUGGGAUUGUGAAAUACUAGACCUGCUUCCAGGUGCUCCUGAGUAUCAGGUGCUCGGUUUGGGAGGGGAAGUGGGACAUACUGUAAGUACACUUAUAGUGGGCUUAGGUGUUCCAGUUAGUAAGUACUCUUACUGCUUGGGAAAGGUAAGUAAGUGUAGCGCACUCUCACUCAAGCUCUGUUGUCAUCCUUCCCUCAGAUCUCCCUGUGCUCUGUCAUUCCAGGUGCUUAUUUUAAUUGAUAUCUUCUGUCGGGUGGGAGUGUGACAGAUGGCAGAGACUGUGACCUUUCAGGUGCACGUUGGGAUAUACGUGACCUGUGGGCCAUCUGCUGAGCGCCAGCAUUUGCAGUCGGGCUUGGAGAUGCGUUGUCGUUCCUGCAUAAAUCUCUGAAUGGUAGCAGGUGACUUCCUUGAACUUUAUAGUGGCUGUUGCCAAAUCCUUUGGGACGUUAAUAAUCUCCACGCUCAGUUCUACUGGGCAAGAGCAGCAGUGCUGGCUUAAUGUCACAGCAUAGCUCCUCUGCUAGUUUGUCAGAUAGGACUAAAACACAGGAGCAGCAGGAGACACUUCCACCCCUGUGGCAAAGGGCAGAAGAUGAGGUGGGGAACACUACAGCCAGCUGCAUCCAUGCAACCAGGGACAAGGGAAAAAAUUUUUGCUGAAAGGCAGUGGGAAUGAGGGAAGCUGCAUGGCAAGCGGCUGGGGUGAAGCAAACAGGAGCAGAGCGGCAGAAAACGGAGGGAUCAGUGGGGAACAGGCAGAGCAGAUUACCAGGAGGCAAUGCACAGAGUGUACCAGUAGAGGCCAUCUCAAUUGAGAUGUUCCUCCGUGGCAAGCGUGCUGAGGUCUAACUCUUAGCCUGUGGAUCACUGACCCUGCCUGUAAACAACCCCAGGAGGAACCUGGCCCAGGGUGAAGUCUCUCAGAAAUCCUUGCAAAGGAGGUAGAUGGCAGCCCUGAUCCUGUUUCAGACCACCCCCACCUCUUUUUUCCUUCCCCUCCACUGUGACUGCAGAGCAUAUGGGGUGGGUUAACAGGGAAAGGGGCUUGCCAGGUCUGCAGGAACCACCUGCGAACACAGAACAGAAGCCACCGGCCUUCCCAGCAGAUCCUGAGCAUGCGUGGUACUGACCGCUUAACUGGGGGUUUGACAGGCAGGGGGGUUUUUUAUUACAAAAUUAUAUACAGAUUACAUACAUAUACGCCUUCUUGGCUGCUGAGCUUGGAAUGGCACCUGUGGGAGGUGAUUUUGGCUGGCUGGAGCCCAAGGGGAAUUAAAACUCGCUGGUUUAAAAAAUAUAUAGGUAUAUACGCAUUUAGAACAGCUUAAUACUGAGCAGAUCCCCGAGAUGCUUGAGUGCACCCGUCGAAAUAAUGAGCAAGUCAGCUACCAGCUCCUUCUGUACCGUAGCCAGCCUUCUGCUGCGGUGGGGCCUUGCACCGUCUUUCUCCACAGAAUCCUCUUGGAAUUGAGCAAGACUGGAAACGUAAUGUAUUGAGUCAGGAAGUACCUGACAGUGCGUCUGCCUCGUCUUCCUGACGUGAAUUUCCCUGUGGCUCCUUUCUGUUCAUCACAGCGUUGUGAUAUUUAGGUGGCCCAUUAAGAAAGGAUACUGUGUGAAGGUGAAAAAAUGCAUUUCACCAAGGCAUUGUUUUCAGAAAUCACAUCAAACUAAAAAUAUGGAAAGUGUCUCAAUAUUCCCUGGUUUGCUUUGUCUGUGUGUAAUAGUCCAUCUGUUGCAAAAAGCAGUAGUGUUAAAAAUGGAGAUGCUCUUUGGGCAGAAAAAGAGGAAAAAAAAAAUGCUGAUGUUUUGUUCUUUGGCUUUAAUAGUAAAGAUCAAGCUAUGUGGUGG